AUGUUCUCCUUAACAUCCGGAGAUUAUGAAUCAUAUAAAGGACCGCUAUUCCGUCACUUUUUGGGAAGCGUCGAAAGCUCAAACAAAAAAGGUUCCAAAGCCCCGGAGGCGGAAAACGACGAAGCUCGGAAAAAGGUGCAGCAAAAGUUCAUCGACAACUACUUCAGGCGUUUCAUCAAGUAUGUGUUCAGAAAAAGUAUUCUUUUUGAGAAUUGUGAAAAUGGUAUAGGAUUAUGGGAACAAUUCAGAUCAGGCGGAGAAACAAAUGACCAUUUCGACGGGACAAGGGUCCGACGCGAUGAAUUGGGAAUUCCACAAGACCUUGGGAGGCAAAAUUUCGUUGCAGUUCAACGAGAGUUCCACGAAAUACCUUCACUUGAGCACGUUAGUUACAGUUUCCUUCUGAUUUCAAUUCAUUUCAGGAGAAAAGGGUUUAUUUUCCUGAUAAUGAAGGAUCUGUAUUAUCUUAGACUUACUCGAAACCUUUAUCACUUAUUUUUCUUUACAAAAUUCAUCUUUUUUUCAAAAAUUUUGAAUUUUCGCCUUUGCAUUCUUAAAUAUAUAUAGUUUUAAGGUACCUCCUUGGCUCAUUCGACAUUUUGAAUACGCUCUACGACUUUCUAUAGAUUUUUCUAAACGAUCUGAAGUUCAAAAAGAUGAAGGUUCUUAAAAAAAUUUUUUUCAAUUCUUUUUUUCCUCCAGGAACUUCGACGUCUUCAGCGAGAGUUGCCGAUAGCGGAAAGAAGCAAGGAAAUAAUUGAAUUAUUAAAAAAAUGUGACAAAUUUUUUUCAACUUUUUCUGCUAAUAUUUCAAUUUCAGAAUCAAAUUUUGAUCAUCGCCGGAGACACGGGAUGCGGCAAGAGUACUCAGGUGUGAAAAACUUAAAAUUUAGGUAAGAAGUUUGUUUUUAGGUACCUCAAUACCUUCUUCAAGCUGGCUACUCGGCGAUCGCUUGUACCCAACCGAGAAGAAUCGCCUGCACGGCUUUGGCCAGAAGAGUCGCCUACGAGACUCUGAACGCCUAUGGAAGCGACGUCGCCUACCAAAUUCGGUUAGGAAUAGAGUUCGAAGCUAUUUUUCGUCAUGAAUUGAACGCUUGUAGAGCUUUGGUGCCACUUGGAGUGGCUCAGAGUGUCGCGGGUCUAGUUGUAGGGAUAAACAGAAAAGCUCCUCAGAAAGCCUUUUGGAAAAGUUUUUAAGGGUCACCCACAGAUCUUUCAAAUUCUUUUUUUCUUCUUUUUCACCUAAUAUAUUAAACAAAAAAAUGUGGAAAGCACUAAAAAAGAUUCCAGGGGAUUCAAAAAGGCGGAGUUCUCAUAUUUUUUUUUGCUUUCUUCGGAGGGUCUCUGAACGAGAUUUUCCGUUUUUUGUUUUUAAUGACCCAUUCUUAACGACUUGAAACUGUUUGAACUGUCUGCACUCUCUUUUCUCUAACUGACCACGUCGUAAAGACAUGAAAGAAGACCGUAGAAAAGGAGAGAGCGCAUAGAAAUCAGACUGUUUCAAGUAGUGAAUUUUUGUAUCCAGUUGUUUUUGGACCCUCAUCAAGUUGAAGUUUUAGUUUUUCUCAGUUUUUUUUUUCAGCUUGUCAAGUUUUUUUCCUCAAAGACCGUAUUUCUCUAUUACAUAUCUCGGUUCGAGACCUUUUCUUUUUGCAGUUUUUUGAAGCAUCUCUAAGCGAAGGCGCAAAAACGUUUUUGUUUACGGCAUCUUUUUUGCUGUAUUUUAAAACCUGUCCGUGUCGCGCGGAAUACUGAUUAGUUGAGUCUAGAUUUUUCAAUUUUUUGAUUUAUUUUCUAAAGCGAAAAUACGUGCUUUUUCUUAAAGCUGACUCGAAAUGACUCUAUUUUUGCAUUCUAGCUUCGAAACAACAAAAUCGAAGAAAACGAGGAUGCUUUUCCUCACCGAAGGACUGCUUCUGCGUCAGAUGGAGAAUGACUCGCUUCUAGAGAAAUACAACGUCGGUAGAGAUAUCCAAGUGAUCAUUUUAGGAAUUCAUCAGUUUAGGUUAUCAUUCUCGACGAGGUCCACGAAAGACACUUAACAUCGGAUUUGUUGAUUGGACUCUUAAGAGAUCUGGUCAGCAAGAGAGAAGAUCUGAAGCUGAUUCUGAUGUCCGCCACCAUCAAUCUCGAGCUUUUCAGCAACUAUUUCGAUGGGGCUCCAGUUAUUCAGGUCUGAAAUUCUUUUCGGAGUUCGAGAUCGCAUGGAAAAUAAAAAUUAAAAAGAAAAGAAAUAACAAACUACAAAAAAUCCGAAAUCUUGAAAUUUAUUGAAAAACCUUCCAGAAAUCGGGUCCAAAAAUUUUUCAGUGAUAGUAUGCUUUUCACAAAAAUUUUAAAUAAGGAUUUUAAAGCAGCAUAUUUUUUUGCACAGCUUAAAAAAACCUUGAAAAAUAUCUUUUUCCUUGCUGCCUUCUUUGAAAAUUCCUGCUCAGUUCGAACAAGAAUAAAAUUUAUAUAUUUUUUUAAUAAAAAAAGUUUUUUUCAUUCUUUGUCGUAGGUAAUGUUCAAAAUAAAUUCAUUCACUUUAGGUUCCCGGCCGCCUGUAUCCAAUCGAAGUGAAAUGGCAUCCGAUCAAGCAGUUCAUUGAAGUUUCCGAGAAGAAGAGCCAUAAAAUCGACCCGGAACCUUAUUUGAGAAUCCUUGAGGUUCUAGCUUGUUUUUUUGAAACCAGACAGAGUCCGUAAAAAGGCGUUAAAUUUUUCGAAUCGGCUUCUGGAUAAAUGCUAUCACAGACUAGCUUGGCAGUUUUCAAAUAGAGACACAAAAUUUCCUCGAAAAUCUAUAAGCCUCGAAAAUCCAUUCAGAGUUUUUAGAGAGUGUCCCCGUAACUCGUAAAGCGCAUAAAGAAGCACUAAAAUUUUUUAAAAGAUCUAUUGCUUGUUUCAACUGUAAUUUCCUUACUUUAUUGUGUAUUGUAGGAGCUAGAAUGAUUUUUUCAUAGGUAAAACGAGAAAUUUCCUUUGAAGCCCGAAAAAAAAACUGGAAAGGUUCCGCUAAAAGCCUCUAAAAUGAUGAAAAAAGAUUUUGAACAUUUUUUUCGCAUCCCCUGGAAUCUUCAUAGUUGUCUUUCAGCACCUUUUUUUAUUUAAAAAGGACGCAAAAAUUUUGAAAAAGAGGAAAAAAAUCUGUUGGGACCCUUAGAAGAUCUUUUUUUUUGAAAAACGCUUUUGAAGUGCUUUUUCUCGUUUUCCCUCAGUUUUCGAACAAAAAAAAAUGAAUUUUUUCAGCUAAUAGACAAGCAAACGCCGUCGACCCAACGCGGAGACGCUCUAAUUUUUCUGAACGGAGUCGCCGAAAUCACAACGGUCGCCGAGACCCUGAAAACCUAUGCGGAGAUGACCAAGGGCUGGAUCAUUCUCAUGCUUCACAGGUUUUUUGUGAUUAUAUUAUUUUUCUGGAUUGUGUUUUUUUUUAAGUACCUUGUCUGUGGAAGAGCAAGACAAAGUCUUCGAUAUUUCUCCAGCUGGCGUCAGAAAAUGUAUUUUGUCCACGAAUAUUGCCGAAACUUCCGUUACGAUCGACGGGAUCCGCUUUGUGAUCGAUUCUGGGAAGGUAAAAAUAUUCAAUAUGACUUUUUUUUUCAUGUAUCUGAUCGCUAUGGUAAAUUUCGCGCUAUAAAAAGUUCCAAAAAAAUGCCAAAAAUCUUCUUAUAUUCAAAAAAAUUUUUCGAAUCUCGCAAAAGUCUCGUAUUUUUUUCGAGAUCUUGGCAUUCAUAAAAAAAUAGCUCCCGAAAAAAAUUCAAAAAAAGCUUAAAUUUUUUUUUCAUCCAUAAAAAAAUAAUGAAUAUUUUCACUUAUUUGACUGAAAACUGUCAAGAAAUUAAAAAAACAAAAAAAAAUUUUUAAAAAAGUAAUUCUUUGUGAGUCGUUUUCGUAGAUAUUUUUCUUGACCCUCAACAGGACCUUCAAUAUAAAAAUCGAUGAAAAAGCGCUAUCAGAUUCUUUUGGAAAGUUAUGAAAUAUGAAGGAAAAAAGGAAAACUUUUCUCAUCACCUCUAUUCCAGGUGAAUCUGAUCAAGCACGAGCCAGGUACUGGCUCUCAAAAGCUCACGGAGUUCUGGGUGAGCAAGGCUUCAGCAAAUCAGAGGAAAGGUUGCUCAAAGGGGAAAAUUUGGAAGAUUUCGGCUCUUCAGGUCGCGCUGGCCGCACUGGCCCUGGAACUUGCUACCGACUUUAUUCCCAAGAACAGUUCGAGAAGAUGGAAGAUUUCACAGCUUCGGAAAUCAACCGUGUAUCUCUUCAGGAAAUGUCCUUGAGGAUUAUCAGUUUGAAUCUGGCUUGUAAGAUAUUCUUUGAAUUCCCUGGGCUUUUGCAAGGGCCGGCCCGUCAGAUUAUUGUUCCCAACACUGCCCGGCUUAAAAAUCGCGAAUCCUUUCAAGCCAAAUAUAAGACAUUUCUAUGAUAAAAGCCAUUUUGGUCUUUUGUCACUGAGAUAUAGCUGAUUCACGGCUGGCUUGAGCCAUUGAAAAAAGGGUCCUGACAUGAUAAUGCCCGAGAUAGCGCUUGGCUCGUGGAGAGCGCAGACAUGACACGCCCCCUUACUAUGAUUUAACAAGCGCAGAUUUUCACGCAAAAAAAUCAAGUCCAAAGCCCGGGCCGGCCCGGUCUGACCCACAGUCCUUCAAAAAAAUCAAUAAAGUUCAGUGGACCCUCGUACUUUCCCCUUCAUCGAGAAACCUUCAGAAGACUCACUCAACGAAGCCUUGGAGAUUCUGAAGUUCCAGGUUUUCAUUAAAUGUUUAUCGUUCCAAACUGUCCCAUUUUUCUGGGAGUUUUGCGAACUGACCGAGAAAAUUUGGCUCUGACAGCUCUUGGUGCUGCCGUUUCCAAGUUGCCUGUUGAUGUUCCCAUCGCCAAGGUUUUUCUUCAAUUUUGGGGAUUUUUUAAAAAGGGAAAGUUCAGAUGCUGGUUUAUGGAUGCGUGGUCGAUCAAUUAGAAGUGAUGUUGACUGUGGCGGCCGGGCUUUCCGUUCAAAGUCCCUUCACAAAUCGAUCUUAUAGGUUCGAUUUCAUCACUAGAUAAACUAUUUUGGCAUAUAAAAUAUGGAAAAAUUUGAAGACUGAUUUUUUUAAUGACUUCAGAGUAUGAUGCUAAAAAAAUAUCCUUCGAUCUCCUACUUUUUUUGAAGCAUUUUUCUUGAAAUUUCAAUAAACUCAAAAUUCUGGUAGUGUAACUGCAUCUUUAUUCUAAAAUUAAAAAUUUUAAAAUUGACAGGGAAAUUCUCGUUCAACAUAAAAAUAUGACACCUUCAUUAACAAGAAUAAAAAAAUGAAUGAAGAUUCUUGAAAAAAAGAAGUUGUGAUUUGAAAAAGUUCAUGGGUGGACCUGCUCCAUAUUUUUUUCAACGGGUAAUUUUUGGAAAAAGAGUGAAAAAAAUUCAAUUUCAUUCUUUUUCAUUGCUGGAAAAGGCCUGUUGGUUUUUUUAUGAUAGCUAUUUUUUUGAAGUUUUUCAAAUUAAAAAGGAUUUUUAGACAAUUUUAAGGCGUUAACGGUUUUUAAGAUACAUGUUUCUUCAUAAUAAGACAAGAUUCGAAGUCUGGUUUUAAAAAAAUUCCGGUCAUUAAAUUUGUAUAAAUUCACCUUUACUAUUUUUUAUUUAUUUUUUCGCAACAUCGGGAUGGUAUGGUGAUGUUGCAGGAGAGGGAAAAAAAGACCACUAUGUGGAUUAACUACUGAAUAUUUAUAUUUUUCCUCAAAAAAAUGCUCUCAAGUAAUUUAAAAAAAGUUUGUUUGCACAAACAUAUUUCGAUUUCAGGAUACAUUUUUUUCAAAAAAAGCUUCAUAUAAAAAUUCACUCAAAUAAUAUUUUUAAAGAAUAUUAUAAAUUAUCAAUCAAGCUUAAAACGACGUGUAUCAUCGCUUAAUGACCAGAAUCAUUUUAUACAGUUCACGAAAUGGGUUUGUCAUUUAAUUCAUUCUUUUCCAGGGAGUUGGACGUCGUUGAACGUCGUGCCUCCCUCACAAGUCCACUCGGAGAUCCGUUCACUCUGAUCGCUGUUUUUCGGUAGUUUUAAGAAGAUUUCACUCUAUAAACCUGUGGAGUUCAGGGAAUGGGUUAUGCAAAAAGCUUUUGAAGGCGGGACCAGAAAAUGGACCAUGGAAAACGGUAUUGAUGAGCAUCGGUUGUACGAAAUCAGCAAGCUUCGGGCUCAAUAUCGGUUUUUUUUUAAUCUGAAUAAUUCGAAUAAUUUGAAUAAUUCUUUAUCGUCCGUUGGGUUAACAUUUGUUUAAAAUUAAAAUUAUGAAAAUCUGAAUAUUGGGUGGUAUGAAAAAACACCAGCCAAAUUUCAAACGGCGACUUUUCUGAAUUUCUCAUAUUGCCAGGGAACACCUUUCCGCCGAAUCUUUUUUUCCGACUUUUUUUCUCGAUAAAACUCUUCGUUUUUAAAUCUUCCUAUAUAAAGUAGGUAGUUGGUUCAUGAUUAAAACACAAAGAAAUAGGAAAAAAAUGUUUAAAAAUGUUUUAUAAACGAAAAACAUAAAAGAAAAAAGUCGGAAAAAGAUUCGUCGGAAAGGUGGCCGUCGGAAAGUUCCCUAGCGAUAUGAAAAAAUCGGAAAAGUCGCCGUUUAAAUUUUCGCUGUUGUUUUUUUCAUACCACCGAAUAUUGAAAGUUUGUUUAAAAUAUUCGUAAGUUGAUUUUAGUCAUUUUUAUCAUAAUAUUCGACAAACUGUGUGGGAUGCGAAUUUAUUAAUAAUCUUCAUGAGACGAAACUUUUUUUGAGGUAUCAGAUUUGCAGUCUAGAAGUUUUUUUAGCUCUAAAUUCAUAAAGUUUAAAAAAAUCAUUAAAAAUGAGCCACGUAAAUUUAUGUUUACCGUUUUUUUCCUUUGCCGUAAAAAAAUGAAUUUUAAUUUUUCUUGGUUAAUGCUUUGGUGUACGGUUUUUUUCAAAAAAAUUUAUUUUUGCAUUUUUGAUCAGAUACCGAAAAAAAUUGCCCAACAGAACUGAGAUAAUCACUGAUUUCAUUUAAUUUCCCAUUCAGUCAGGUCCUUGAAGACGUCGGAAUGAUCAAGAAAGCUUCGGCUUCGGAAACCGGGGCCGACGAUUCAAGACAACGUCGGAUCGACCAGGGAGAAAGGAAGAAGUUGUUCGAUCUGAAAAGAACCGCCAGGCAAUUUUUCCCGCAAAAAUAUCAAAAAUUGGAUUUUUCAGAAAUAGUGACAAAACCAAGAAAGUUCUGAGCGCCAGCAAGCAUUUCGACACGAUUAUGAUGGAAAAGGAGGAGGAGGAUUUAGGUGGGAAACUUAAGAUCCCUGUUUCCAGUUCUGAUAUAAUAUUAUCGAAUCUAUCGAUAUCCAUUGAAAAGAACUUCUUAAACAAAGCUUAUAACUCAAGUUCAUGGUCUUUCUUUAUUUAGAAAAAAAUUGAGCUAGAGCUAUAAUUCUUCAUUUUACAUCAUUUUUUGAAGUAUACAGUACGUUAAAAAUUAUUUCUGAAGACUUUGAAGUCCCCAAUUCCUAUAAACAACAAUGAUACGGCUUUUGCCCUUGAGACCUCCUUUAAAUUAAACGACGCUCCUUUAAAACUUCGAGUAAGAUUUUUUGAACGGGCUUUUCUGAAAAACAAUCGAAAAAUUGAUAACGGAAUUUUUUUUAAACAAUUAAAUUUGCAUUUUCACUUGAUUCUCUGUUGGAAAAGUUGGCUCAUUUUUGCUAAUUAAAAAAUUAUUCCUAAUAUUUUUGACCUGUGAUUUUUUUCUAUCUCAUUUUUUUGACUCAUUUAUUGAUGAUUUUUAAAAAAAUCUAUUUUUUUCUUGACUGUGGGAUUUUUUUCCCUUUUUUUCAUUCAAUCUGUAGGAAUCUCGCUCAAAAAUCUCUCGAUUUUUUUGAUCUGAUUUCAGUUUUUUUAAAAAUUAAAAUUAUUAUAAAUAACCAGAAUCUAUAAACUGACCAAUUACUUGGUCAUUUGAAUAAUCUCCCGCGCACGAAAAAAAAAUUGGUCUGAAAACUGAUUUUUUUAGCUCCAAAAAUGUCUUACAUCGAGUUUUUUUUAAGAAUAAAAUAAAACACUGCCAUUUGAAACUUUUAAAAUUUUUUCCCAAUUUUAUCGGACUUCCAGAAGCCGAGGCAGAUCCUCUGAAGGCUGACGUGAAAACGAUCGAAUUUCUUCUCGGCCACAAACAGAGGGACGUCGACGCCAUCAGAAGCACCCAUCGGUUACGAAGACGUGACGCCGAGGUGAUUCAGAAGACGUCAUCAAUCCAAAAAGUUGUUUCAAGGUGAUAAGGACGAUCAUCACCUGCGGCCUGUACCCGAAUUUCUCCGUCCUCGAUCCGGUUAAUAAGUAUCAGGUGGGCUUGACUGGUACUUAAAACCGACUCAUUGGCCAGAAAAUUGGUGGAAUUUAAAAAAUAGUUCCAAGAAAAAGCUACUUUUUCGGCCUCGUUUUUUUUUUCUAAAAUGUCAAUUUUUAGCACGGCCAAGAGAUGUUUGUACAUACAAGGAUGAAACCUUUCACGCAGAUCCAUCCGAAUUCGUCUAUUGCUCAGUAUCAUGCCGGUAAGUCUGAAUUUAGGGACCACCGUGAGGAGCCUUGAAGGUCCCCCUCUAGGGGUCACUUUACCUCACCUGUAGGGUCAAUAAAACUUGCAAAGAUGGCCCCUAUAGGGAACAUUUUAUUCGAUUAUUUUUAUGAACUCUAUAAGAAGAAGCAUUUCCAUGCGAAAAAAUCAGAAAAUUAGCGUUAUUUGAAUGAAAAUAUCAAAAGAGGAUGAAUUGACCAAGUCUUUUUUGGACUGUCGAAUCUUAAAAAAUAUUAUUGAAAGACCCCAAAGGGACCACUUGAGCUUAGGGGUUAGUGUUCGGACUCUAAACCCCUAUAGUGUUCCUAAAAUUUUGACCACAAAAACCUCUAAGCCCGAACCCCUAGACACCUAAGAACCCUAAGCCAUAAGUCCUAACCCCAUAGACCCCUAAGAACCCUAAGACCCCUAAAAGGGUCCCUGAAACAACAAACCCCUGAAGGGAUCCUUUAAAAAUUCCUGGAAGUCACCUGAAUUUACCCCCAUAGCAAGCACUUUUCUGUCCCCUACGAGGGCAGAUCUUCCCCUAACCCCUAUAGGGACCACCCUGGCGUCCCUUGAAAAGAUGAAGUCCUCUAAUUGAUUGCAUUUAUUUAGAAAGCAUCGAUCCUCGAACAGAUUCUGAAGGGAGGUCCGCCUUUCAUCAAAUUCCUUUCUAUGGGGUUCUUUUGGAAACAACCAAGCCUUAUAUUUGCAAUUUGGUGCCUGUUCCCGCACUUUCUCUCCUCUUGGUCGCAAAAAAGGUUCUUUUUUUUUGUAAUUUCAUUAAAUAAUAAAAAUUUCAAAAACAGAUUGUCUGUGAUGACUCGGUGACUUUAUUGAUCGACGACUUUGUUGAAAUCAAAAUGAGGAAUUCCGAAGAAUGCCGUGAGAUUAUAUUGGAUGCCAACGAAAUUCGGUACGACCUGGCAAGAGGUAUUUUCUUAUAAAACUUGAAUUGAAGAAUGUCAAUUUUCAGGCUUGGCCGCAAAAUUGUCCGGGGAAGAGUACAGCUGCCGGCGGCUGAUUCGCGGAAUCGACAAAUUUUGUGAACUUUUGACCGAUAAAGGCAGGGAAAUCUCGUGAGUUUUGCUAGAGUACAGAGUAUGUAGCCUAAUCAUGGCUAUAGCCUAUUCCGCGCCAGCUUGCCACGUUUUUCUUUCCGCCAAAAAGACCGUAUACCAAAUGAGAUCAAACUUCUGCGUUUAUAAUGGCAAAUAACAAAGGUUUUGAAGCGAAAGGUGGUUAAAUUUGACCUGGCCUUUUGGCGGAAAGAAAAACGUGACAAGCUAGCGCGGAAUGGCCUCUAGCUCGGGACAGGGCCGUCUGCGCUCUCCACCAUUCGAGCACUGUCUCUUUAUCUCAAAUCAACCAACGUCAUUACUAUCAGAUUAAAACGCCUGGUGAGCCCUCCAAGGCAACUCGUCGGCUGUGGAAUCUUCAUGCCGGAAGGACGAAUUGACCAGCACGGCGACCUGGACGACAUCCUCGAAGCCACCGCCGAAGACGUUGAAAGACGAGAAAUGGAAGAAGCUCUUCGGAAAGAACAGGACGACGAAGACCGGAAAGUCCUCUCCCUGCUGGUUUGUUUGAAAAUGAGCGGAAGCGAGAGAUAAGGACCACCUGAAGAGACGCCAGAGAAUUCGGUGGUCGUUUUUUUCUCUGGCGUCUCUUCAGACCGAUGCUGCUCUCUCGCUUGUGCUUUUUAGGCUUACCGUCAUAAGCUGUGAUUACAUCUUCGGAUCAUACUUUGAAACACUUUUAAAUUUUUUCCCUACAAUUUUCCUGACAUUUUUCGAAAAAAUAUCCCCUUCCAGGCUGGCGACAAAAUGUGCCCUCCUACGAAGGAAAUGGUCGAGGAGGCUGAAGAGAAAAAACAAGUUCCCCAAGUCAAGGAGUCGUACUACGAGAAGCUUCUCAAGCGCCAACAGCAGAAAAACGCGGAACAAGUGGAAGUUGUCGAAAAACGGGUCAAAACUGAACACUUUGAAGAAGAAGAAGAAGAAUAA